AUGGCUAGCCUCAAGUUCAUAAUGGAUGUCAACGACGACCAUACCGAGUCUCACCACAUCAAUAAAAAGGACGUCGCCUCGGACCAUCCAGUCAACAUGGGCCAUCCCCAUAGACCACCUCUCCAUACUCAACUACCAUCACUACCACCGACAACGUUACCACCUAUCACGCUCCCGAGAUAUGACAGUAACCCCGGACCAUCUAUGCCACCUCGAGAUAUCAGCCUAGCUGUUACCUCUUCUCAGACCAAGAGCCAGGGCAUUAGCUGGGGAUCCAAAGGCGUCAACCCUGUUGCAUCUUCGAUUCCACUAGCUGUUCAUAUCAGGUCCACGAUGCGCCGUCGUAGCACAGCGAGCAAUGACUCGGCGGAUCAUACUCCGGGGUAUGGAUCUGCGUCAACAUCAUCAACGGGCGGCAACUACCCCCAGUCGCACACGCCAUUGAGGCCAAUGCGUUCACAGUCCCAUACUUCCGAGCUUCCCAUGAGGCUCACGCCCAUCACGGGCCGAGUGAGCAGAGCAAAGAAAGGCAUACCGGUGCAUGUUUGCGACAUCUGCAGGCCAUCAAAGGCAAGAAGACUUCACAUGUCCUGCGUUCCAUCGGUCGGACCUGCUGGUUCGACAUCAGCAGAGACAGUGACCACAAGCAUGACAAUCCUGGUCCACCCUCUCCACCGAUUGAAUUUGUACCGUCACGGUCGGGCCAAAGGCCAUCUGGCGGGCUAUCACCAGGCUCUUCCGAUCCUUGCGGAAGAGUACUACGCCAUGAUACAGUAUCAGGAAUGCAGCCAGAGCCAGAUUAUGUCGGAGCCCAAGAUCCAUAUCACUACCCCCCUGGGCCUCAAUACAACCCGGUUGUAUCGUCCCCAGACAUCAAUUGGCCGCCUCAACCGCCUAGAAUACAGCCGCUACAAUCGAGAAUGGAAACACCCAUUCCGGACGUACCUACGUCAGACUCCUGGCGUCAUUCUCCUUCGACGACGACCACCUCAAGCUACUCAACAACUCCAGUAUCUGGUACGGAGAUAUGGACAGAAAGAGGCGUUGUUGGACUCCUCGUAUGGUAUGCCGGGUGCUCCAUUCCCUUUGGAGGACAUCGGCAUGUUUGACGCUAUGAGAGCUGGGCUUGAGGGUAGUGCCGAUCCCAGCUACAGCAGCGACGAUGUUGGUUAUGAAAACGGAAACUUGGUUACACUGGGUUUGCCGAUAAGUAAUGGGUGCGAGUUCACCGGGGCCACUCUUCCUAAAUCACUAAUGAAUCCUCUCCACGGCGCUAUUCCGCGGUAUCUUGCGGUAUACUGGGAGAAAGUCCACCCCCUGCUCCCAAUAGUCCAUCGAGCUUCCUUCGAAAACGCGCCUGAAGAGGUGCUGCGGUAUGCCAUGGCUGCGAUGGCGACCCAGCUUCUCGAUGACGAAGAAGAUCGUGUCAAGGGCAGCCGAUUGCAUGAUUUGGCUUGGAGGGAGGUAAAGAAAACACUACAGUGGAAUAUCCAAGUCAUGCAGGCAAUUUUUCUAUGCGAAUACUUCGCCCGGUUACGCGGACAGAAUGCCGUUAUACGACCCUCGAGGUUGUUUGAGGAUCUCUACAAGAGGCCACAGCUUGAGGUCAGCGAACAGACGUACUUACAGGGUGCUUUCAACCCACAGGUUUUGUAUCAUCACCCAACUAUGAUCGACUAUACUGCCUCCCCUUCGGAUCAACAAUUAUCGAUUCACGCCUCCUGGAAGAACUGGGUUGAUGCAGAGGCACAUCGCCGUCUCCUGGCAGCAUGCUUUUUCCUCGAUGGACACGUCGCUAUCUAUCAGCAGCAGCCGCAACUAGGCCAGUCCUCAGUGACCUCAAAACUGACACACCCACCUAUCCCUCUUAUGGGCUCGAGCUUGAGGCUUUGGGAGGCUUCUUCAGCAGCUCCCUGGGCGAAGAUCCUUGCGGAAGACCCUUCGGCUGGCAUCCCAGUUUUUGCGCCCUCGCCAGGAACCAUUACCCCCGAUUUCGUUUCAAGGCAGAUCAGCAUCGAUCGGAUGAUCAUUCUUGUAGCUGAAUAUCUGCGAAUCCCAUGCAGGCAGGGCUUGACCGCACCAUCUGCCUCGGCCCGAAAGUUCUCAAUGAGCGAAGUCGAUCCCCAAUUGCAUUACACGAAUAGCCAGUUCAGUCCUCUUCAGCAGGAAUCACCUUGCUUUCAGCCUGACUUCUUGCAACCCCCAGAUUCAAGAACUCGCGGUUCGCUUGACGUAGAGACACGUCUUGGAAGCCUUUUCCCCGGUUGUCCUAUCGCCAGUACCUACCUCGCAUUGCAUCAUACCCCGCUUCGUGAUCUUCUUGCUGUCAGCGGCGAAUCGUGGUUGUUCACCAAGAAAGUCUUGUCAGCCGCAGCAUUUGGCAUUCACCAAAGGUGCCUGAAAGCCUGGGCAGAGAAUUAUCACUAUCGUCAAGGCGGUGAUGCGAACGUACCUACUGAUAUGGCCAAUCUUAGUGUGGUCAAGGCAACCAAGUAUGCCGCCCGCUCUAUUGUACAGUUCCUGAGUCCCGUUUCUCCUGGGGUCUCCCGGUAUGCACCAGUCAAGGGUGCGGCAACAGAAGACCGAUCGUCAUUCUGGGGAAAGGACAUAUCCGAUUACUGGGCUCUGUACGUCUGUGCCUUGAUAUUCUGGGCUUUCGGCCACAGAGCCCGGUCGAUCCCUACGAUUAGCUCUACGAUCGCUGCUGCUACAGACGUUCAACAGCAGCAGCAGCAGCAGCAGCAGCAUCAUUCGGCCAAGCGUCAGCGAACGGGCGAUAUCAGGGCUAGUUUUACCUCGAGGCACGGAAGCUCGGCGGCAGCCGACCAGCGCGCUAUGAGUUGGCUGCGCAUGCUGGGUGCGGACAACGUCACAGAGGAAGAUAUCAUCCGGGCACGGAGCCGUCCUGAGUCGAUGAGCGUUGUCUCCCUGGUGCGUCGUCGACUGGAAGUUGACUGCAUUGGGGGCAAGAACAUGCUUUAUGUGGAAGCUGUCGCGGUCCUCAAGAGGCUGGAGGAGGACGGGGAGAGAAAUGAUAAACCUUGGUUUUAAUCUUAAUGAUUCGUAUUUAAAAGAAAAAGGAUGUUCUCAGCAUAUACA